AUAUAUUUUAGACCAUUACUUUUACAAUUACAUAUUAUUUUCCUGCAUCAACCACUAUUAGGCUACUACUACUACUACCACAAUAAUAUCUCUACCUCUACUUCUUUUGCCCUUCAGAGGUACUGCUGCCGCGACGAGGAGUACGACGACGAGUGGACGGAGGAGUUCGACGACGAGUGGACGGAGGAGUUCGACGACGAGGCGGGGCAGUGCCGGAGCCGAAUGCCACAACCCCGGGGCCAGGAGACUUCCCUCAGGGCCCCGUGUCUUCGCUGGACGCAUAACGUCUGCUACCCGAGCCUCAUCAAGGGAGCCUUUGACCACUACGUCAUCCCUGCUGGCUCCUCCUGCUACCCUACUACGCCUGCUGCUACUACUUCACCGACCCCUGAAGACUCGACCCAUGUCCCUGCUGCCCUUGAGUCCCCCGGUGCCUCGUCUGCGCCUCCCCCGUACUCCUUUUGCUGUAAGGUUCAUUCCCCGAGCCUUCCCCUACAUCCCAUAUCACCCUCAUCACCAGCACAGCCUUCCCCCAGCAUCCACCCUUUGUCAUCCGUCCAAUCUUCCACCAGCAUCCCUCUACACCCAAUAUCACCCAAUCAACCUUCCCCCAGCAUUCCCCUACACUCCAUAUCGCCCUCCCAGCCUUCCCCCAGCAUCUCUCUCCACCCCGCGUCUCCAGCCCAGACCCCAACACAUCCCCGUACCCCAUAUUCACCCUCGCGCACUUCUCCCAACGGUACCAUGACACCCCAGCGGUCCUACGGGUUGCUUCGCAGGCCCCCCUCCCCCAGCCAGGCCUCCCCCGUGCUGGAGAGGUUGCGGCAGGGGCUGGACACUGUGGACAGGACAUGUAUUCCCGUAGAUGAGGAUCCGAGGAGCCCACCGAUGUCGUGUGUUGGCUGCAAGGAGGGACUGAAGCGGCUGCAGAGUUUGGUGGAUGAAAUGGAGGGAUGCGGUGGGCUGCCCGUGAGUCCCAGGGAGACGCUGGUGCCUAUACUGGAAGAGGAGGCGGAGGCGGCGGCGGAGGCAGCGACGGAGGGGAAGGCGAGGUGAGGCGAGGCGGGCUAACUGGCUGGUUGAUGCUCCGUUGACCUGCCAUCAUCGAACGUUUCGGACUCUUAAGACUUGUCGGUUUGCUGUCGUAUAUAAUGUGUGGCAGCUCGUGUUUGUAUCACCAUCAGUAUUGUAUUGGUAUUUUUUUGUUACUGAAUUGUGAUCAUCGUAAAUUAUGUGUGUAUAGUUAAGGAAGAAAUAAAGAAUAACAGAAAACACCAACGUUCUUUUCUUUAUGUCACAUGUUCGUGUUUCCUUGCAU